GCGGCAUCCGGAAUUGAUACUACCAUGGCUCUGCCGGCACUGUCCCGAGCUUUGGGCUCCCUCAGCCUGGCCGCAGGUCCGCGCCCUGCCGCCCAGGUGAUGAACAAUGUCUUCCUCCAGCCUUCUUCGGCUGGAAUGCUAGUUGCCUGCCGCUUUUUCCUGACCUCUGGGGUCCUUAAUGCAAACUUUGUUUCCUGGAAGAGUCGUACAAAAUAUACCAUUAUGCCAGUGAAGAUGAGGAAGUCAGGGGGCCGGGACCACACAGGUCGAAUCAAAGUACAUGGUAUUGGUGGAGGCCACAAACAGCGUUACCGAAUGAUUGACUUCCUUCGAUUUCGGCCUGAGGAUGAGGCCAAGCCAGGGCCUUUUGAGGAGAAGGUCAUUGAUGUCCGCUAUGAUCCCUGUAGGUCUGCAGACAUUGCUCUUGUUGCUGGGGGCAAUAGGAAACGCUGGAUUAUUGCUACCGAAAACAUGCAAGUAGGAGACAUACUCCAUAAUUCUGACUACAUUGGCCGCAUGGCAGUUGCUGCCAAGGAAGGGGAUGCACAUCCUCUGGGAGCCCUGCCCAUUGGGACUCUCAUCAACAACUUGGAGAGUGAGCCAGGCCGGGGUGCCCAGUACAUCAGAGCUGCAGGAACCUGUGGUGUACUUUUGCGGAAGGUCAAUGGAACAGCCAUUGUCCAGCUGCCUUCCAAGAGGCAAAUGCAGGUAUAUGUGUGGGUAAAGAGUGGCAUGAGAAUUGGCAAAGAAUGUAACCCUCUCCUGGAUCAGGUGUCUUAGGGUCUAGAAUCCUCCAAGGCUUCUGUGUCCUAUUUCAGUACAUACCCAUACACCCACAGGCUGUGGUUGCCCAUGUUU